AUGGGAAGCUUCACCCGCCGCGUGCGUCCUGGCGCCGCCACUGGCUCCACCGUUUCCUCCUCUUCUCCCUCGUCCUCCUCCACUUCCAACCUCCCCGGAACCAAACCGUACCCUUCCGCGCCAACGCGCUUCGUCUCAUCUGGCAUCCCGUCACUGGACGACAUCCUCGGCUCGCUUGCGCUGGGCAGUACACUGUCUCUGCUAUCUCCGGACCCACACACGCAGUGGGCGCGUCUUGUUGCGCGCCACGUCGCUUCUGCUGGCGUGUUGGACGGGCAGCGCGUGCUCAUCCUGUCCCGGCCCGAGUGGGCGGGCGGUAUGCCGUGGGUCGAGGAACGUGAUGCUGGCAGCGAGUCGGAGGGAGAGGCGAUGGAUGAGUCCAAGACCAAGAUUGCGUGGCGGUAUGAUAAGAUGGCCAAGUUCCGGACCAGUGUUGGCUCAUCACGCCUCGCUGCCAACACGACCAUUCCGCCAUCAUUGCGAAAACAGCUGGAGGAUGAUGGGACAAUCACGUAUGCCGAACCGACCGACCUCUCCUCGGCACUACAUGCCGUCGCCGGGGCACUCACCCCCGACCGCGUCGUACGCAUCAUUGUGCCCGACCUCGGCGGCCGUGAUUUCCCUCUCUCCAAACCCGAGAUCAUCCGCUUCCUCCUCUCCCUCCGCACGCUGAUACACGACAAACCCGCCGUGGCCGUCAUUACCUUCCCCCCCUCCCUCUCCUCCCCUUCCCUGGAUACAUGGGUGUCGUCCAUUGCCCACGCGUCGAGCGCCGCACUCACCCUGCAAGGAUUCGGGACUUCGCCCGGCCAUUUCCGUGCCUUUGCCCCUCUGCAUGGUCUCAUCACGCCUCAUAUCUUGCCGUCGAGCCAUCACCUCCUCGCACCAGGUAUUCGCCAUUCGACCCUCCUGGGAGUCAAGGAUGGCGGAGAGCAGAAUCUGGGCUUUAGGCUCAAGCGCAAGAGGUUCGUGAUCGAAAGUGUCCAUCUCGGCAUUGAGGGGGGGACGAGUGAGCGCAGGACGGCACCGGUGGAGAUGGCUCAGGUGCAGACCGAGGGCGUCGAGAGAGUUGAGCGUGGGGGCGUGGAGAAGGUAGAGAAGGUGGAGAAGGCGGAGAAGGUGGAGAAGGUUGGAGUCGAGGCGGCUGGCCAGCCAGAGGGGAAGAAGGAGAAGAAGCCGCGCGCGCGAGUCCGCUUCGGCGAUGACGAGGUCGCCGUGUCCAUUGACAAGAGUGACGAUCACCCCCACACCCACACCCACCCCCACGCCCACACCCACGCCCACGCCCACACCCACGCCCACGCCCACGGACCCAAGAAGGUCGAGAUCCGGCACGACCGCCCCGAUCUGUACGAGUUCUAG